CAGCCUGUUUUCCUCUCCUGGGCGCGAGAAGCAACGGCAAAGGCUCCUACAACGCUCGGAACUUGACGCUAUGGGGCUUCCGGAGGAGCGGGGCAGGACUGGGAGCCGGGAGCAGGAGGAAGCUGGAGCCCAGAGCCGAGUGCAGAGUUGGUCUCCGCCGCCCGAGGUCACCCGUUCCGCGCACGUUCCCUCGCUGCAGCGCUACCGCGAGCUGCACCGGCGCUCUGUAGAGGAGCCGCGAGAGUUUUGGGGAGACAUUGCCAAGGAAUUUUACUGGAAGACCUCAUGUCCUGGCCCAUUCCUCCAGUACAAUUUUGAUGUGACUAAAGGAAAAAUCUUCAUCGAGUGGAUGAAAGGAGCAACUACCAACAUCUGCUACAACGUACUGGAUCGAAUUGUCCAUGAGAAAAAACUUGGCGAUAAAAUUGCUUUUUACUGGUAAAAACAUCUAUCUUAAAGCCUGUGACAGAUAAAAAGU